UGUAGUCGAAAAACAAACAACAGAUGUGUGAACAUGAUGCGCAGAGUUUUAUCUAAAUUUACUCGUUUUAGGACAGUAAACAGACAUUUGGCAACACAAUCCUCCCCGGUAGUGCUGGGAAUCGAAACGAGUUGUGAUGACACCGGGGCAGCUUUGGUUACCGGCAAUGGGACAGUUUUGGGAGAGUACAUUCAUUCCCAGCAAAGCAGUCACUUGAGGUUUGGUGGAAUCAUUCCACCGGUAGCGCAAGACAUCCACCGUGCCAAUAUCGAAUCCGUUGUGCAAAAUGCGUUUAAACUAGCAAAUAUGACUCCUAACGAUAUAGAUGCAGUUGCUGUCACCAAUCGGCCUGGGUUACCUCUCAGUCUGAUAGUGGGGAUGAGGUAUGCGAAACAUAUCGCCCGCUCCUACAACAAACCGCUCAUUCCCAUACACCAUAUGCAAGCACACGCGUUGAUGGCCCGAAUGACCUCUACUAUCCCGUAUCCAUUUCUCUGCCUGCUGGUAAGCGGUGGUCACUCGUUGCUGGUAUUUGUGGAGAGUACUGCACGAUUUCGACUGCUCGGCGAAACCUUGGACGAUGCGCCGGGUGAAGCGUUGGAUAAAAUCGCUCGUCGGCUGAAGCUGCGGAACGUGGCCAAGUAUGCGCAAAUGUCUGGUGGUCAGGCUAUUGAAGCAGCCGCCCAGCAGGCUUGCGCAAAAGACACAUCUGCUUACGAUUUCCCGCUACCACUUUCUAAAUAUCGUGACUGUCAGUUCAGUUUCGCCGGACUGAAAAAUACCGCCACGAGACACAUACUCGAACGGGAAUCCACCCUCCAUCUUGCGCCUGAUGCUUUGCUGCCCGAUUAUGAAGCGUUUUGUGCUUGUUUCUUGAAAGGAGUCACACGGCACAUGCUGCACCGAACGCAGCGCGCGAUUGAGUACUGUGAACGGCGCAAACUUUUCUCCGAUGCCGAACCACACCGCAGUUUAGUCGUUUCGGGCGGUGUGGCUUGCAAUGACGUUAUAUUCAAUGCGCUCAGCUCGAUGGCGGCCCAGUUUGGGUACAGCACCUUCCGGCCACCGAAAAAGUUGUGCACCGAUAACGGCACAAUGAUAGCGUGGAACGGCAUGGAGAAACUGCUGGCGAAAGAUACUGCCGAAAUGACGACGAAGUACGAGCAGGUUGAUAUAAGCGGAAAGUGCCCUAUCGGCGAUAGUCUUAUCGAUGAUGUAAAAGAAGCGAACAUAGCAUGCAAGUGGGCUAAAGUCGAUAUAUUUCCAGGCAAAGAAGAAGUCAGUAGUUAGUAAUGGGGAGCAAUUUUGUUACUAGACAGUAAACUCUAAAGAAACAGUAAACACGAUUAUUACAGCUUUAAAAACGCGCAUAAUAAACACGGAUUGUUUGCCUAGUCGUAAAUGCGUCAUAAAAUGCAAGAAUGUUCUGUCACCUCACAACAUUUAGUACUAUACUUUUUUAACCGGUAAUAAUAUCGGGCUGGUCUCGUGGUACAGUCAUCAACUCGUACGACUUAACAAUAUGCCCGUCAUGGGUUCAAGCUCCAAAUAGACCGUGCCACCAUACGUAGGACAUGACUAUCUUGCUAUGGUAAUAAGUAAGUCACUGAAAGCCAAGCCUAUUAGUGGUACAGACAGGCCUUAACCGACAACAAUUGUUGUGUCAAAUAAGAAGAAGAAGAAGAAUAACAUUGUUUAGUUUAUUGGCUUAUUGGUUGAUUAUUAAACUUUAACUGAAAAAUACGACCAUCUAGAAAAAAGAGGCACAAUCGAGUUUUGAUCGUUUUCGUCGGGCUAACUGCUCGAAUUUUGUUUCGUUAAAAUGGUUCUUUCAAGCAUGAUCAAAAUUGUUGCCGCUUUUGAGUUUAUUAAUGUUUUAAAAAUUAUCAAAAAUCAAACUUUGCAUCAAAGCAUUUUAUUCAAUUACAAUUUUUGUGCUUAAUUUUAAAACGUACAACUUCUAGAAGACAAUACGAUCCAUUUUAGCUAUUUUAGCUUUAGGAAUAGUUAAAAACAACUGAUCUAAGUUACGUAGAAAUGUAGCUCUGAGACUCAAAAUCACUAGUAUGAUUUACACAAGUAAAAUUCCAACACUAGACAUUUAUUCCAAUUUUAUUCCUCGCACAUGCAAUCGUUUGUAAAAGGUUCAGUUUUACCAUCUCCACGGCGUUAAAAAAACAUAAACCAGUCGGCAAUGUACCUGUUUGAUAUAAACACUGCUGUAGUUCGUGUAACACCCACCAACACCUUAAACCAAAGCAUAGCUGCGUCUGUGUGCAUGGCUAUGUUGUGGCACGGUGCGCAUGUAUUGGUGAUGGCCGGGCAGUAAGAGGCUGGAGCUAGGCAAAAGUUUCCUCCGAUCGAUUCUCACAAACCCGUAUCGCCCUUACGAUCAAACAGGUGAACAAAUCCGCAGCGUACGGUCAUCAGGUAGUGCGAUCGUCCCAAACGGCCCUUCUUGUAUGACGUGACGUAGGUGCGGUCACAGGCGAAAUAAAGUCUAGCUACGAAAACAAGUUUCAAGCA